AUGGACGGUAUUCAAAUGGAGCCAAUUGGAAAAUAUAAGUCUGAUAGAAACGGCUCAGCAAAAGCAGCUGCCUGGAGAAACAUGGUUGAUCAAGAUCUAGAUGAUGUGGCGUUUUUGGCAGAUACAGAUAAAGCCCGUGAGGCCAGGGAACUAGGUGACACGCCGGUGGCUGUAUGCUCCCAGCGCAGGGCGUUGUGUCUUGCUGGUCUGGUCUUCUCGGCGAUGUUUGUGAUUGCACUUCUUGUGGUUUAUGCUACACCACAACCAGAUUGCCCUUGUACGACUGAAAGCAUUAUUGUACCCGGACAAGUGCCAACAGAAUCUGAUGAAAACUCCACGAUUAUUAAUAAAGAGCGUAUAGCAACGAAUGGUAUGGUGUUUCCAUGGCGUGGGGCAAGGUUGCCGACUUCUGUCAUACCCAAACAUUACAGUCUGUGGCUUCAUCCGAACCUUACCACUGGAGAAAUGAGAGGUGAAGUCUCAAUAGAUUUCAAGGUGGAUCGGGAUACGAUGUUCGUGGUUCUUAAUAUUCACGACAUGAAUGUAACAGAGAGGGCGCUAUUCAAAGGCGGGACAAUUGGACCUAAAAUCGUCAAAGCUUUGGACUUUCCUCCUGCAGAGCAAACAUAUAUUGAGUUUAAGGAAAAACUCCGCCGCAAGUAUAACUACACGUUAAGCCUUCGAUUUGUCACGAAGUUGGAAAGAAGUGACAAAUUGCGAGGUUUCUUUUUGACAGGCUCUCAUAGACAUCGCUGUGCAAUAUCUCGUCUUUGGUUGACGCACGCCCGUUCAGUCUUCCCGUGCUUCGACGAACCCUAUCUACGGGCCACAUUCAAGCUGACAAUUGUCAGAGAUCGAUUCCACGUCUCGCUGACCAAUAUGCCAAUCGUCGCAACAGAAGAGGCUGGAUUUUAUCUGGGACAUAGACUUCUACAAGACGUUUUUGCUACCACUCCACCGACGUCACCGCAUAUGAUAUCACUAACUGUAUGUCGAUUGCAACGCCGUUCUGCACCUCUUCUAGAAGCAACGACUGUACCAGAAGAUUUAGAGGAACCAUCACCUGAAAUUAGUUUGUACAGCGACCGGCAGGUUAUUUUGGACGAAUCUGGACCGCUCUUAGAAUGGGUUCAAAAGACUAUUCAGUUAUAUUCAUACGAAUUGAAUACCUCGUAUCCGCUGCCUAAAUUUGACAUAGUUGUGGUCGAGACCAACAGUCUGUAUUCUGAAGGUUGGGGGCUGAUAACACUUUCGCCAGCGACCCUCACUGAUACAAAGGUCAUCGCCAGAUUAUUGGCUCAGCAGUGGUUCGGUGGCCUUGUCUCCCCACGAUGGUGGAGCUCCCAAUGGCUCAUGGAGGCGCUGACGUCAGUCCUUGGAGAGAAGGCACCAGCAUUUGGCGCUGUCACUGAAAGACAGGAGGAUGCUCUGUUGCUGGACCACGUGUUGCCAGCUUUAACGCUUGACUCCAGUACGUCAGUACGAGCUGUUGCUUCACCGAGACUCGAACGAGCUGACAUAGAAUCAACGACUGAUGAUCUAUCGUUACACAAGGGUGCUGCAAUAGUAAGCAUGGCGAUAGAAGCGGCCGGCGUGUCGGCUGGACGCGCUGCACUCGCUCGUUUACUACGCGAUCACCGCACUGCAAGCGCUGAUGCUCGUGACCUUUGGCGCGCCCUACAACAAGAGGGCGGCGGGGAGUCCCCUGAAAACGCGUGGGACGGAUGGUGCGAACGCGCAGGAUAUCCGCUAGUCAGCGCUACUGCCGCUUCCAAUGACGUCAUUAUUCGCCAGGAGAGGUUCGUGAUGUCAGCAGACCCACCGGACCAUGAUCCUCCAUUCAGAAACCACCUCCUCACCUUCCACCUACGAGCGGAACUGGAUGAACUUUUCUAUGAACCUGAAAACUUCACAGAAGCAAUAGAAGAAGACGUUAACGCAACCACGACGACAUCGACGACAACCAAACGACCCACAACCAUCAAAACAACCAAACCACCCCCAGGACCCAAAUGGAUAAUCCCUCUUACCUUCAGCGUGGGACCGAUAAUGGAAGAAGAGCCGAAAUUAUGGAAGAACGGGACAGACUUGCAGAACGGAACAUGGUACGACAUUAUAAAUGAGACGAAAACUAUAUCAAAAUGGUCGGAAAAUGUCACUUAUUUAGUAUGGAUGAAUGAUACUGAAAUGGUAAUCCCCGAUUUGGGAAAACACAAAUGGGUGAGAUACAAUGUAGGAGCGAGAGGGCUAUACCGCGUUGCCCCACAGGAUCAACCCGGAGAGUCAGCUGAAACCUCGGCCACCCGCGCUGCGAUAUUAUUCGACUCAGGCGCAGCCUCCGAGCGAGCUUUACUUCUUGACGAUGCAUUCGUCUUGAGUCGAGCGCGACGUUUGCCAGCCAGCAGGGCUAUUGCUGCCGCAGCUCGUCUUCGCUUAGAACACCACUGGGCCGUAUGGCAAGUUGUGAUGAAACACCUCUCCCAGUGGCGAGAGCUGCUCCAGGUAUCAGCAUCUGCACCAUACCUUCACGAGCUGCUCAGUACAUUGCCCCAAGAGAUUACAUUAUACAGUAACAAGGAAAUUGAUGAAGGGCAUUUAACCGAGGAUCAGUUGUGGCUUAGUGGCGCUCUUCUAACAGCGGGUGUCGAAUGGGGCAAUGACAACGUGUCGAAUCAGGCUUUGGAAUUGUUCGACGCUUGGAUUAAUGGAAAUGAGAGUAUACCGGAGAUAUAUCAAGAGGCUGCGUUCACAGCAGGUGUUCGCAAAAUUGGUGAAGUUGCGUGGCGUGCUUGCUGGAAAGCGUUAGUGUCAUCAUAUUCAGCUCCACGUCCGUUAUACUCACACCGCGCGUUGCUAGCAGCUUUAGCAUCACCCACUGAUGACUGGCUUUUAUACAGAUUCGCGUACACGGUGAUGUCAAGUGAAGCGCAACGUGGCAGGGAGUGGAAUACUUGGGUAACUGCAUUAUGCGCUGGACUUUGUCGAUGGCGCGGUGCGGCAGGAGUAUGGCGUGUAUUAAACAAUUCGCCACUACCACCCUCCGCCUUGCACGCGGCUGCAAGAUGUCUUUAUGAACCAGCUGAUUAUUUUAGAUUUAAAGAUCUGUUUGGUCAUCAUCACGGCGCAAACGCAGCAUUAGACACGAUCGCCCUAAACUCUGCGUGGGUCGCGAAGGCUGAUAGCGAUCUACUAAGAUACUUCCAGGCAAUGCAAAAAACUUAG